CGGGCGAGGCCCUCCUGCAAGGGAUGUUUCUGAUCCCUACUUUGUGUUGAGCCUGGAGAGUCUACAAAAAUACAGGUAUGCCGCAGCUCCGUCUGCUCGCCUCCUCCCCUCCUCCACCUCUCCUCCACAACCUCCACCUUCGUCCUUCUCACCCGCAAAUCUUGCACACAAUUCCAGCCUGGAGCUGCUCAUUCCAGCCUAGCCCUCCUUAUGGUCGCAGCAGUCAUGGGUUCGCCGAUUGACAAUGACCACAUCAUCGACGCUAGCGUCGCCUUUGCCAUCGUGGUGCUUGUGCAGGCUGCGUACUGCACGCUCAGGUGGCGAACAAGGGCAGCGACUCGCCUUCGGUGGUGGAUACUCUUCGCCGGCGCUUCUAUCUUUGGGACAAUUGCCCUCGUCUUUCUCGCUCUGGGGGCUGCCUCGCAGCGCGGUGGUUCUUACAAUCUUGCAUACGCUAUGCUGAUCUGCUCUCAAGCCACGUCCGUUUUGUCCAUCUGGUGCUUCGAGGUCUUCGAUGUCCUGUACCCGUCGAAAGACGGCUGGCUACUCCUUGCAAGGCCACCAUUUUCCGACUGGGGCAGCCUCAUCUUCUGGUCCGGACUGGUCAUUCAAUGCCUCUUCGUCAUCCUGGGACUUUGGUCAAUCGCUUCGUUCCGAAUCGAGUUCCUCUGGGCCACUCCGGUCAUAUCGCACAUCAAUAUCGCAGUGAUUGCGGUCUAUGCACUCAGAUCCACGUAUGGUGUAAAGUCUGCACUGCUUCGCCUUUGGGUCGUUGCCGGAGUUGCUGCAACCUUUACGUCGGUUGCGUUCUGCAUCAUUGCCACCUGCGCCCAAGUGGCAGGACAUGCGCCUGUCCAAUGCCUAUCCUGUGCUUUGAUCCUAUCGGUCAAGGCAUAUCGAGACUGGGAUUCGGCGAGAGAUCGACAGCAGCUCCCACAAGAUGAGCCCAGAGUUGCUCCUUUUGCAUGGUGCGAUGCCACCAAUCGCUAUCCGAAAGCCCCUUCUCCUGUCGCCCUGCACCAUUCCCAACGGUGUAAUUCUGGAGUUGGCCUGAUCCCCCUGGAGCCUGCAACUUCAUAUGAGGUCAGCCUUUCUUCGUCAACCACAGCCCCUUCUGAGGCAUGCCACCUACGCGAGACGGGAAAGAUGCAAUUCCCAGACGAACCUUUCAGCGUAUUUCGGGUGGAUCGACAAAUGAUAGAGUACUACAGCACGAUACAUGCUUUUUUUCGACAAAUCGAUGGUGACAGACUCAUGCCAGAGGCAGUUGGUAAGGUGAGCAGCGUGUUAGAUGUCGGUGCUGGCACGGGCGAUUGGGCACUGGAUAUGGCAGCUGCUCAGUCGGAUAUGCAGGUUGUCGGCACUGACCUGGCUCGAAUUCAGCCGCAUUAUACCCCGUACAAAGUGGCCUUCUACGUCGAGGAUGCGAACCGUUGCAAUUGGGCAUGGCACAGACGCUUUGAUUACAUCCAUUUCCGCAACAUGGAUGGUGGCAUUAAAGACUGGGGGGUAACCCUCAAUGCCGCAUUCGCCUGCCUGGCCACAGAAGGUUUUCUCUCCCUUUCGGACCUCAUUUUCCAUCAGCCUCCCUGCAACAUAACUCCCGGCGGCAUUUGGGACGAGUGGCAGCAAGCGCUCGAUGCUCUCAAAGCUGAGACAGGAUUAUCCUUCGGUCUUCACGAAAACGAACGUGCCAAAAACGAACUGAAGAAGUCCGGCUACACAAUUGUCGACGAAAAGAGGCGGUCAUUCCAGCUUCGACAGAAGAGUCACGUGUACGACGAUUGUGAUCUCCUCCAGGGAAUCAUCGAGCAAAUGAAGGGUGUGUUUUGGCGAGCCUUGGAGUUCCGGCCUGGAUCGGUCAACAAGCAACGCCUUGUGAACCAGCUGGAAGAAGAAGUCUGGCACGGCCUUGAGAUUACAGUUGCCACAAUCGUUGCCCAGAAGCCUGCAAUCGUGCAGCCGGCCCCGGAUUGCGGAAAGAGUGCCGCCGUGGACGCGGAGGAGUAAAAUGAUGUGGAGGCUCCAGUGUUACCUUUAGGGUUGUGUGGGAUACGUUGUCUUCAUGGUGCUGCUCGGCCUCCAAACCUGGCCACCGUGGAUGCAACCUUGCCUCGAUCCUGGGGCAUGAUGGCCGUUCCAAUUACGCAUUCGAUGGACGAGAGGUUAUCU